GGGACUCAGUGCGUGGAGCGCAGCGCGGUGCAGCAGCAGCCAUGCCCGUGGACCUGGCGCUGUGGAGCGGGCCCCUGAGCCUCACCGAGGUGGAGCAGCAGCCGGCGCAGCCCUUGCGGGUCAAGUAUGGCUCCGUGGAGAUAGACGAGCUGGGCAAGGUGCUCACCCCCACUCAGGUGCAGAAUCGCCCCACCAGCAUUGAGUGGGAUGGCUGUGAUCCCCAGAAGCUUUACACCCUGGUUCUCACAGACCCAGAUGCGCCCAGUAGGAAGGACCCGAAGUUCAGGGAAUGGCAUCACUUCCUGGUGACCAACAUGAAAGGCAAUAACGUGAGCAGUGGGACUGUGCUGUCUGAUUACGUUGGCUCCGGACCUCCCAAAGGGACAGGGCUGCACCGCUACGUGUGGCUGGUGUACGAGCAGCCCAAGGCCCUGUCCUGCAAUGAACCCAUCCUCUCCAACCGCUCUGGGGACAAGCGAGGCAAGUUCAAGGUGGCCUCUUUCCGCAGCAAGUACGGGCUGGGGGUGCCGGUGGCUGGCACGUGCUACCAGGCCGAGUGGGAUGAUUACGUGCCCAAGCUGUACGAGCAGCUCUCGGGCAAGUAGGGCAUGGGGCGGUGAGGAAGCGCUGUGCAGCACCCCAGGGAGCGGGCUGGUCGGAGCGCCUGGCUCUAGUUCUGUUUCGUUAGUGAAUUGAACCCAUCUGCUCCUGUCCUGCCUGAGCCUGCUCCGUGUUGGUGUGCUCCAGACCUGUGCUCUGCUUCUGUGGGCUCCCACUUGUCCAGGUGAUCACUGUGGGGCCACCACCCCCAGGCUGACCUGCUCAAGGGAAGCCAGACCUGUGUUCAUGUUCCUGCUGUACUGAAGGUGGUGUGGGUACAGAACCACUUCUGGGGGGUGUUGGCUGCGUAGUCUCCCCUUUUCCAGGAGAGGACGUGGCACGUGAAGGGAAACCCUCAUUUCUUUCCUGUAUUCCUUUUACCCUCAAGCCUUUGGCCAGUGCCUCCACUGUAGUGAACCACUAGAGUAGUGAAGGUGCAGCUAAGCUGAUUUGUAGCACUGCCUUCUGUUUUCUGUUGCCACUCGAAGCUGAGAGACCACUUCCUUUGUUGGAGUUCUGCUGUGACCCAAUGUCAAUGUGCUGUUUGCUCACAGUGCAAUUAAAAACUUACCAAGGUGGA